AUGAAGUGGACUCCUGAGAAAGAUCAGCUUCUCCUCCUCAAAAUCCUCGAAACCCACUCCCUCUCCGUCGACGCCAAACGCGUGGCCGAAGCAUGGCCUAAAUCCCUCGGUCCAGACAUGCCCACCCCCCGCGCCAUCUCCGAGCGGCUCGUUCGCAUGCGAAACACCGCUCGCGAGUCCAGCGGCAUUGAGGGGCACUUUUCCAUCGGAAAGGGGCUCAAGACCGGAAGUCCAAUGACCAAGUCUACUGCUAGUGCCGCUUCCAGCCCUGCUUCUGUCUCUACUCCUCACAAGUUGCGCGUCAGUAAUGCCAGAAAAGGGUCGGCUUUGAAGCGGAAGCGCGACGAUGAUGAUGAUGACGAUGAGGAUGGAGAUGUGGGGGAGUAUACGCCUACCCCUGCUAAGAUGAAGGUGGAAGGAGAUAGUGAUACUGAAAUUGAGAAUGGGAUGGACACCCCUACCAAGCCCAUGAAGGGGAAGGGAGUGAGCGCGAGGCCCUCUGCUCAGUUGAAGAAGGAGGUGGUUGACUUGGAGAGCGAGGCAGAGGUUGCUCCCGUGAAGCGUGUUCGUAAGGCCAGUGCGCUUGCGCCUGGAAUGGUGGAGUGGAAGGACGAGGAUGAUGAAGGAGAUGGGGAGAGCUCGGCCAGCGAGUAUGUGCCUGAGGUGGAGGCUAAAGGAGAGGGAGUUUAUAGUGCUGAGGAGUUUGAUGAUGGCGAUUUGUACGAUGCUUAG